GCGGAGCGUGCGAGGGACGAGCAGGAGGCCGGUGCCGCUCGGGUGGGACCACCUUUCCCGGUGACCUUUUCGAGUCGCUCAGUAUACUCUGCCUCAGAAGUUUGUGCUCUGUUUUUUUUGGUGGUUUUUCUUUUUUUUUUAGAAGAAAAGAAUGGUGAGGUUUUCCUGGCAGGAUAAAAUGUGUGCAGAAUGAAGACUUUACUUGUCUUUGAUUUUGACCACACGAUUAUAGAUGAGAACAGUGACACGUGGGUUGUGAGAUGCACACCUGAAAAUAAACUUCCGCACUGGCUUCGCAAGUCGUAUCAAGGAAAAGGCUGGAAUGAAUACAUGGGAAGAGUUCUGGGUUACAUUGGAGCCCAAGGAAUCAAUGAAUCCAAAAUGAAACAAGUCAUGGAAGCUAUUCCUUACACUCCAGGAAUGGUUAAUCUCCUGCAAUUCAUUUGUCAAAACAAGGAUUUCUUUGACUGUAUCAUCAUUUCUGAUUCCAAUACUGUUUUUAUCGAUUGGAUCUUAAAAGCGACAGAGAGCGGUGUAUCAUUCAAUAGAAUAUUUUCAAACCCAGCAGGUUUUGAUGACCAAGGGCAUCUCACACUGCAGAGUUUUCAUUCUCAUGAUUGUUCACAAUGUCCCGAUAAUCUGUGUAAGAAAAANGUGUUGUUAGACUUUGUUGAUGAUCAAUUUAAAGCAGGAGUACGAUACAGCAGAACCAUAUACAUUGGUGAUGGGGGGAAUGAUGUAUGUCCCACUGUAGGCUUGAAGACUUUUGACAUUGUUAUGCCCAGAAAAGGCUACAGGUUAGAAAAACAACUUCACAAAAUGGUAUCUGAAGAUAUUGAUUCUAUACAGCCGUCUGUUAUUGUGUGGUCCUCGGGUGAAGAAAUCUUAUCUCAUUUGAGAAAGUAUGCAAAUACUUAAAUGAACUUUGUAGAUUGUGUGCAAGAUUCUAUUUCAGUGUUAUUUCUUAUCAAAUCAAAUUGUCAAUAAAUUAUUUGUCAAGUUCUGUUUUACCAAUAACUACCUUUAUUGAAAGUACCGUACCUUUUUAAAAAAACUUGAUGUUCAUAUGAAGGUAUACCUUUAUACAACCUUUAUUUAAAAAUGCUGUACGUAUACACUGGAUUUCAGGGAAUCAAAUUGCUGAAGGAAACAUUGAAUUAAUAAAUAAUAUUGUGCAGAUGGAUUUUCAUUUACUUAGUGUCAAGGCUAAAUGUCUAUUACAGAUUGUACGAUUGGUGAUUUGUUUGCAGUUUCAUGUUAUGGAAUAAAAUUGGUGACUGGAA